AUGAGCUUACUACAAAGGGUAUCACCGUUUUCAUCACCUCAUGAUCGAGGGUAUUUGCAUAGGACAACAACGACAAGAUCAAUAAGUUUGUUGAGUACGCCCAAAAGAAGUCCAGACAUAACAAUGGGAUGCGCUGAAGAAGAAAAUAAGAUGACAGAGGACCAAAUGAUGGAAGAGGGUGCGAUGGGCAGAGUAAUGCCCGAUUCGUUUCUUUCCCAGUACAUGAAGCAACCACAACGUAAGAAUUCAUUGAGUGGUCAUGAAAUAUACUUCAAGUCGAUAGAUAAGCAUCGGACGGAUAAGACGUACGACAUAUAUGAAAAAUAUUUGGUGAAGAGUAAGAGCGGGCCAGCUAGGAAGAACGAAGACGAGGCGUACGAAAAAUUGCAUCAGAAGAGAAAUGUUGAAGAAGACAUAAUACCGAUAAUACGAAAACGGAGGGACGAACAGAGGACGAAGAACAAGGGAAAUGAAGAAGCGAUACGGCCGGCUGGAACGGUGACAGCGACAGAAUCACCGGCAGACACGAAUUCAUACCCUGAGACAAAACUCAAGCAGGUCACCAAAAAGUUGGCGAAGGAAUUCAUGGAAUGUACAAUAGAUGACUUGAUAAACCUUUUAUCGAGAAUGUUGAGGUCGUUGAUAAGCUUGAACGAUAAGAGCGUUCCGGCAUCGAUAUCGAACCCCCAGGAAAAAUCGUCAUCGAGCAACAGUGUCUUGACCCGGUACCACUCGCGUGCACCGCCAGGGAUAUCCAUUCACACAUACUUAACUAGAUUGACAAAGUUUAACAACUUUACGGCUGCAACUCUCUUGACCACGAUCUACUACAUUGAUUUAUUGUCGCAUCAUUAUCAGCCGUUUUUCACCCUCAAUUCGUGGACUGUGCACCGGUUUCUUCUUGUGGCCACAAUGCUCGCACAGAAGCUGAUGGAGGACUUCUUCUACACAAAUGAACAUUAUGCAAAAGUUGGAGGUGUAGCCAUUAGCGAAUUGAACUGUUUGGAACUCGAUUUCUUGAAUCGAGUCGACUGGAGGUGUGUGCCCGCAAAGCAGUUGGAAAAUGGCAAGUCGAGCAUCAAAUUUGCGAAAGACGUCUUGGACUUGUAUUACGCCCAAUUGAUCCAAUUGAUGGGUAAAAAUAUCUCUCCUGAUGACGAGGUGAUAUAUUUUGCCAACGAAGAUACCUCAUACUACGAAGCGGGCGAACACGACGUUGUAGACGACGACGUAGAAAAAGAUGAUAACAUAGAAGAAGAAGAUGAGGACGAUGACGAUGACGAUGACGAGGACGAUGACGAUGACGAUGACGAUGACGACAAUGAUCACGAGGCGGAAUACGCCACCUCCAAUACCAAUCCAUCGAUAAAUCAUGAAAAAUACGACUCUAUGGGGUUUAGUGUCGAUAAUUCCUCGUCUCCCCAUUUGAAGAGAAGAUUCCCUGUGAAUUUCACUGACUAG